AGCCGGAGAUGACGCGCUCCGGGGCGGGCCCAGUGACGCACCAGGACGCGGCGGUGGCGGCCCGGGACCGGCGGGAUCAGCAUGGGGAAGCAGAAGAAGGCGCGGAAGUACGCGGUCAUGAAGCGCAUGAUCAGCCUCCGGGACGAGCGCCUUAAAGAGAAGGAUCGCGCAAAAGCCCCCGUGAAGAAGAAGGAGGACCCGAGUGCCAUCAAGGAGCGGGAGGUCCCCCAGCAUCCCUCUUGCUUGUUCUUCCAAUAUAAUACACAGCUGGGUCCCCCUUACCACAUCCUGGUUGACACUAACUUCAUCAACUUCUCCAUCAAGGCCAAACUGGACCUAGUGCAGUCGAUGAUGGACUGUCUCUAUGCCAAGUGUAUUCCAUGUAUCACAGAUUGUGUGAUGGGUGAAAUCGAGAAGCUAGGACAGAAGUACCGUGUGGCAUUAAGAAUUGCCAAGGACCCUCGGUUUGAACGCUUGCCAUGUAUGCACAAAGGAACCUACGCCGAUGACUGCUUGGUGCAGAGAGUCACUCAGCACAAAUGUUACAUUGUGGCCACAGUGGAUAAAGAGCUCAAGCGGAGAAUACGAAAAAUCCCUGGAGUGCCCAUAAUGUAUAUUUCCAGGCACAGGUACAAUAUUGAGAGGAUGCCAGAUGACUAUGGAGCUCCCCGAUUCUAACCUGUCCAGUCAAGCCAUCAAUGCCCGGACUGUGAGCCAGGAUAAGGAUCCUUCUGAUUCUACCCUCCUCCUUUCUUCUUUUGGUGGAACUCUGCUCAUAGGACUGUGGAUAACACCAAACUGACUGCUUAACCUUGUUUUUUAAGAAAAAGCUAUUUUGAAGAGUCUGGUUUUAUUCAUCUAUCUUCUGCCUUGGUCUGAUUACCUGCAGCUGGGAGAAGCAUAUGGGAAACAGAGGGCAGCAGGACCAGGAAUGUGCCUAGCUGUGCAUUGGGACCAUUGGAAAACGUGAUUUCAGCAUUCUGAAUGAAAUACUGCUCAUGCAGCUCUUACUGAGAAUGAAACCACAGGAGAUUUUAAAAGUUUCUUACUGCUGCACCUGGAGUAUACCUGGGACAGGUAUUCCUUUGGGAAGCUACCUCACACCUGUUCAGUCAAAUCAGAACAUGCAUUCUGCAGAGAAGACAUCAGAUCUGCACCAGUUGGUGGCUUUCUCUGGAAAAGCAGUCUAGAUUUUCAUUCAGAAUUGAUAGGCUUUUAUUCAACUGCACAGUGAAUGAAGUUUGUUUAAGUGUC